AUGCAAUCGCCGACGAUGGAGCGCCCCACGGUCGUCUGUGUCGGGGUCAUCUUGCCGCUCAAGAAGACGCGCAAUGGGCGCAUGCAGGAGCUGCUGCGCAGUCAGGCCGAUGGCGUUCACUUUGUCCACAUCGACCUCGACGUGGUCUCGAGCGUCGAGGACAUCACCACCAAGUUCGGCGCCUUCGACGUGCUUCUGCACAAGCUAGCCCACGACAUGAUCUUUGAGACGCUCGGCGAUAUCGCCGCCAUCAAGAACAUGGCCAUUAUGAACAAGUACAUUCAAAAGCACCCGCAUGUGCGCAUUGUGGACCCGCUCGCUGGCGUUCGGUUGCUCACCAACCGGCGCGACGUCUGCGCGAUGCUGGCUACGCUCGCGUCCACGUCCGGGCUUCCGUUCUCGAUUCCAAACCACGCGAUCAUUGCGUCGCCGGACGACAAGCGCGCCUUUCUCGCUCAAGUCGCUGCUGGCGCGUUUUCACUUCCCGUGAUCGUCAAGUCCCUCGAAGCCUGCGGCACGGAUGCCUCCCACAUGAUGAAAGUCAUUUCGUGCGUCGAGGACGUCGAAGCGCUCGCUGUGGACGGUCCAUUGCUCUUCCAGGAAUUUGUCAACCAUGAUGGGCGGCUCUACAAGGGCUAUGUCCUCGGCCCGACGAUCCUCGUCUCUGAGCGUGUCUCGCUGCCCAACCUCGAACGUGGCGGCGCCAAGUCGGUCGAGUUUGACACGCAGAGCCCGUUUCCAACGGCAGCGUCGUUUGCGAUCGCGCCGGCGCCCGUCGUCGCGACGCCGUCGUCGGCCAUCAGCGCUGCGUUGACCGAGUCGCUGCACGCGAUCGGCCGUGCCAUCCAAGCAGCGACCCAGCUGUCACUCUUUGGGUUUGACGUGAUCAUCGACGCGCGUACGGGACAGCACCUUGUGAUCGACGUCAACUACUUUCCGUCGUUCAAGGAGCUGCCCGACUUCGACGCGCGCAUGCGGUCGCUCAUGCGCCAGGCGUAA